AAACACAACGACUCUAGGACCCUGCAGAAGCUGAUGAAUCAUUUCAGCGAAUGGCACCUGUUGCGUGUUCAAAGGGAAGCCGGGAGGGUUGCGCUGCUGGCCGCGUAUUCUCCUUGCCCUGGGUAAACUCAAUAUACUUGUCCGAGAAACGUGAAGUCAGUUGCCUAGGACAUCCGUCCGACUUCUUUGCAUUAUUAAAUAAUAACCAGCGUCGCGAAAAACUACGGUUGUGAGAAUUCCCAGGGUUUGGGCAAAUUGUGAGUGAUCGAUUUUCAGGGCCUCCCAGGAGCCAUGCGCUUGUUCCGCCGCCGUUUGUCCCCGCUAAAGCUGGUGCUGCUGGGCGGCACGCUCUUCCUGGUGGUGCUGGUGGUGCUGCAGCGUGACGUGGCCGGCGGGCCUUCGCCGCAGGACCCCUGGUUCCAGGACCUGGUGGAGCGCAAGCAGCGCGUGGUGGGCAUGGUCAUGGGCGCCGUCAACAACCUGGGCUUCCAGAUCGGCGCGCCACAGCCUCCGCCGGCCGAGCCCGCGCCCACCUUCAACCAGCAGUGCCCGCCGGGCUUCUACAGCCAGGCCGAGCUGCGUCCAGCGCUGGAGAGGCCGCCGCAGGACGCGAAGGCGCCGGGCGCUUACGGCAGCGCUUUCCCCACUGACCGGCUGACCCCGGAGCAGGAGAAGGAGAAGGAGGAGGGCAUGACCAGGCACUGCUUCAACCAGUACGCCAGUGACCGCAUCUCCCUGCACCGCAGCCUGGGGGAGGACACCCGACCACCCGAGUGUGUGGAGCGCAAGUUCCGCCGCUGCCCCCCUCUUCCCACCACCAGCGUCAUCAUCGUCUUCCACAACGAGGCCUGGUCCACCCUGCUGCGGACGGUCUACAGCGUGCUGCACUCCACUCCGGCUGCCCUGCUCACAGAGAUCAUCAUGGUGGAUGACGCCAGUGUAGCAGAACACCUGAAGGAGCGGCUGGAUGAGUAUGUGAAAGCGCUGAAGAUUGUGCGGGUGCUACGGCAACCGGAGAGAAAGGGCCUGAUCACCGCCCGACUGCUGGGGGCCAGCCAGGCCCGGGGGGACGUGCUCACCUUCCUGGAUGCCCACUGCGAGUGCUUCCAUGGCUGGCUGGAGCCCUUGCUGGCCCGUAUCGUGGAAGAGCCCACUGCCGUGGUCAGCCCAGAGAUAGUGACCAUCGACCUGAACAACUUUCAGUUCCACAAGCCCGUGGCCACGGCCCGUGCGCACAACCGUGGGAAUUUUGACUGGAGCCUGACGUUCGGCUGGGAGGCCAUCCCUGACUAUGAGAAGCAGAAGCGCAAAGAUGAAACCUACCCAGUGAAAACUCCAACAUUUGCAGGUGGUCUGUUUUCCAUCUCCAAGGCCUACUUUGAGAAAAUCGGUACAUAUGAUGACAAGAUGGAAAUCUGGGGGGGUGAGAAUGUGGAGAUGUCCUUUCGGGUGUGGCAGUGUGGAGGAACUCUAGAAAUCAUCCCGUGCUCGGUUGUGGGUCAUGUCUUCCGCACCAAGAGUCCUCACACCUUCCCUAAGGGCACGGAGGUAAUCACGCGCAACCAGGUGCGCCUCGCUGAGGUCUGGAUGGACGGAUACAAGCAGAUUUACUACCGCCGUAACCAGAACGCAGCCAAAAUGGCCAGAGAGAAUCAGUUUGGUGACAUAUCUGAUCGAUUGAAUCUCCGAGAGUCUCUGCAGUGCAAGAACUUCUCCUGGUACCUCGAAAAUGUCUACCCAGAAGCCUUUGUACCUGAUCUCACCCCUGUCAAAUUUGGAGCUCUCAAAAACUCAGGGUCUCAGAGCUGCCUGGAUGUUGGAGAAAGUAACCAAGGAGGAAAGGCAGUGAUCAUGUAUGUCUGUCACAACAUGGGGGGAAACCAGUACUUUGAAUACAGCUCUCACCAAGAGCUGCGGCACAACAUUGGCAAGCAGCUUUGCCUGCACGCCAAGCCUGAUGGCGUGACCAUCGAGCUCUGCCAGUUUAAAGGCAGGGGCACUCAAGUGUCACCGGAGCAACACUGGAUCUUUACAGAGGAGCAACUUCUGAAGAACCCCCCCUCGGGCAAAUGCCUCCACCUCAGCGGUGGCAAGUUGCUGAUGAGCUCCUGCAACGUGGCUGACCUGAACCAGCACUGGUCCUUCAGCUGACCUCCUUCCCUCUCGCCACUCCCCACUCCAACCCCACCCCACCCCACUCCAAUCCAUUCCAGGAGCAAGGUGGUGCCCUCCCCCUUGGACUUGGAGCCUGAGGGGCCGCGCCACAUCAGGACCGCACACACAAGGAGCAGAAACAGAGGGAAGGUCAUCUCUCUGAGAGGACCACCUUAGCCGGGAGAACUGUGUCUGCACCUUAUGAGAGACUUGGAAAAACACACUCUCAUGUAUAGAGUGUGAUGGGAAUGGAGACUCAGGGAUUGUGGGUUAUGCCAGGGUAACUUCUACAAUGGAGGAAGGGGACUACAACCCACUCUCUCUCAUAUCUUUCUUUCUCUCUCUCUCUCUCUCUCUCUCUCUCUCUCUCUCUCUCUUUGAC